AAACGACAACGACGGCACUGUCAAACGCCAUUUUAUUGUCGGACACAAGCAGCGGAGAAGGGUCGAAAAUCGCUACACAAGGUCAGCCAAGAUGGGAGCUUUUCAAAGCAUUUUUAAAUCAAUUUUUGGCAAGAAAGAGAUGAGGAUACUUAUGGUUGGACUGGAUGCUGCUGGAAAGACCACUAUCCUGUACAAACUCAAACUGGGAGAAAUCGUUACCACUAUUCCUACCAUUGGUUUUAAUGUUGAGACAGUGGAAUACAAGAACAUCAGUUUCACAGUGUGGGAUGUCGGUGGCCAGGAUAAGAUCAGGCCACUUUGGAGGCAUUACUUCCAAAACACACAAGGCCUCAUCUUCGUUGUGGACAGCAAUGACAGGGAGCGAAUUACCGAGGCAAGGGAAGAGCUUAAUCGUAUGCUGGCUGAGGACGAGCUGAGGGAUGCUGUGCUUCUUGUGUUUGCCAACAAACAGGACCUGCCCAAUGCCUGCAAUGCAGCUGAGCUCACCGAAAAGCUUGGUCUACCCAGUCUGCGCAAUCGCAAUUGGUAUAUCCAGGCCACAUGUGCCACCAGUGGAGAUGGUCUCUAUGAGGGCCUGGACUGGCUCUCGCACGAGCUAAAAAAUUUGAAAUGAUGCUUCUGCCUCCUCCCUGCCUGUCAUGUCUCAUGUCUAAUGUGUAGGGAAACCGCUGGUCCAAAUCCUUCUCAUUCCUCUUUUCCUCUUUUUUCCCACUGAAGAGUGGUACCAUGGGCCAGCACUCGCUCCCUUGCGUCUGUGUACUGUGUGGGUUUGUUUUUCCUUCUGAAUGAUUGAAAGAGUGUGUUGUAUGUGUGAGCAGAGUGGGAGCAGCCCUGUCGUGCCUUGACCACAGUUUUCUUUCAAACAACUCCUGCCUUCAGUGUUGGUACAUCUAAAGAUACAGGUUUCCACAAAGUCCGCUGUCAUCGGUCUACGGCGUUUGUUAAAAAGAACGACUGCACACGGCAUUAAGGUCUGUAUAACUGUUUCUCAAUCGCCGCAGAGACACUGUCAAUGUAUAUUUAAGUAAAAUGGCUGACAUGAUCAUGUCAUGUUAUUUUGAGAGUUGUUUUUUAUUUUUUUGCACAUUUAAGUUUUAACUCUAGCAACAGACACUGGAAUACGUGACUCCAUCUGAUCUUUCAGAAUACAGUAUAUAUCCAAAUUCUUCAGCCUGUAGAUCCUGUCGGGUUACAAUGUUGUCAUUCUGCAGCCACUUUUUAUUUUUAUAUCCAGCCCAUCCCACCCUGCUAAACCUGACUGUACAUACAGGUUUAAAAGGAUCCGCCAUGGCUGUUACUAGAAGAAAUAAACAUUGUACUUUGUGUUUUGAGUGUAGGUACAGCUUAUAUCGUGGAUGUGUUUUGUGGAUUCCAGCUACAUAAGGCCUUUUUUUUGUGGUGUUGCUCUCACUCUGGAUUCUUAUUUACUCAUUGUCUUGUGUUCUCUUGUGCAUAGUUCUUUUGGUAAGGGGCUGUUCUGUAUUAUUAUUAUUAUUAUUGUUGUUGUUAUUGUUAUUAUUAUUAUUUUAUUUUCACAUUGAUAAAAGCCUGACCUGAAAUGCUCUUGGGACCAAUUAGUUUGAUUCUGGAUUUGCCUGCACAGUGUGAAAUCCUCCCACUAUUUUCCAGAGGGUGCACACAUCCUCUUGACCAAAUCAUUAGUGCUGUGACAGACAUUACAUUUUGAGAUUUAAAUAUUUUUGCUAACCUCACUGUAAAUGCACAGUUUCCCUUGCAUAUAUCCAGGGUUUUUGUCGCGGGUUUUAUUUUUUUUUAUAUUUUGUCCCUCUGAUGCCACUUGCACAGGUCUCAUCCACUUGCACAACAAGGGCUCGAGUGAAGCCUCUGCAGGGGUCUUAAAGGCAAUAAUCCUCCCUAUGGCUCUACACCAGCUGACAGUUAAAAUGUACAAUUGAGAAUGUUACAUCAGUUCUACCAGUAAUUGAUUACCACACAACCCACCCAUCCCCCCGAAUGAUCCUGCAGUUAUUAAGAAAACAAACGUGGAACCGUGCACACCCUGUAAUGAGUAAAAAUGACCCUACGGUCAUAAUAUCACUCUGACCUCUAAAAGGGAAGAUUAUUUCCCCUUCUGUGUUGUAGGUUUUUUUGUUUUGUUUUUCUAUAACGUAAUGUUUUCUUGGAAGAACUUGGUAACUCAAUGACUAAUCCCUUUGGCUUUCUGUAUCUUUACAUUAUGGUGUUUUCUCCAGAUGCAUUACAUAAUCAGGCAUAUGGCAAGAAAUACAAAUGUAUGCAAUACUACAUGAGGAAAUGUAUCCUAACACAACUGCGUCCACCUACUCAUGUUCAGAUGUGAAGCUUUAAUUUUUCAAAGACGGUUUAUGUACAGAUGACAUGGUAUGUGCAUAUGUAUUUCUUAAGUACCUUUUAAUGCUUUUUCUAAACUACUAUUGUAACAGCUGAUAAAUGCACUAUAAUAAAGAGAUCUCUAUUGUA